CCCUACCCAGGGUGCAGCGCACAAGUUGAGCCCCAUCUUGGGCGCAGGAGCCGCAGUCGGAGCCCGCGCUCCCGGGGCCGCCGCAGCAGCGCAGCGGGGCCGCCCGCGCCCGCCCGCCGCGGAAGGGCCGCCUCGCCGCCGCCUCUCUCACCGCGCCGGCCCUCCGCCCCGGGGGGCUGCCCGCGGGGCUCUCCCGCGGGCUGGUUCCGAGCAGGAUGCGCCUGGCGCUGGUCUCCAGGUAGAGCGCGGAGACAGGGCCGGGGGGGGGAGACGGAGCCGCCUGGGCCUCGCCCGGCCGCCGCGGGGCCCCUCGCGCGGGGCGGGCCGCGGCUCCGGGUCUGCGGCCUCCGGGGCCCGCGCCGCGCCGAGCCCGGCAGGAAGCCGCGGGGCGCUCGGCCGGCGCCGCCGCGCUCGGAGCGGGGACCCAGGCGAGGAGGAGGCCGGCGGCCCGGCCGCGGGAGGAGGGCUGCGGCCGGGGAGGAAGAGGAGGAGCCCCGCCGCCCCCCGCGGCCCGCCUGCCCGCCGCAGGAAGCGGGCGGAGGAUGUGCGGUAGCGCCGGGGGCCCGGCCGGCACGUCGUGACAGCGCAGCCCGCCCGGCCCCGCGCCCGCCUCGCCCGGCCCGCGGAGCCCCUCCCGCCGCGGAAACAUGUCCAAGAUGCCGGCCAAGAAGAAGAGCUGCUUCCAGAUCACCAGCGUGACCACGGCCCAGGUGGCCAGCAGCAUCACCGAGGACACCGAGAGCCUGGACGACCCGGAUGAGUCCCGCACCGAGGACGUGUCUUCUGAGAUCUUCGACGUGUCCCGCGCCACUGACUACGGCCCCGAGGACGUCUGUGAGCGCAGCUCCUCGGAAGAGACUCUCAACAAUGUGGGCGAGGCGGAAACGCCUGGCAACGUCUCUCCGAACCCCCUUUUGGACGGGCAGCUGGCCGUGGCUGCUGGGGGGGUAGCUGCGGCUCUGCCAGCUGUGGCCCCCAACGGGGGAGCCGUGCCCAAGAGCUCCGCUGUGCCCCUGCCAGCUGCUGGCGCUGCCGGGGCAGGAGGCAGCAGCGCUCAGACUGCCGUGCCCUCCACGGGGCCUUCUGCGUCAGCCGCAGCUGGGACGAUGUCUCAGACGGUGGCUGCUGCGUGCAGCUCACGCUUCAGGGUGAUCAAGCUGGACCAUGGCACAGGGGAGCCCUACAGGCGAGGACGAUGGACGUGUAUGGAGUAUUAUGACCGGGACUCAGAUGGUGGUGGUGUCAUGGGCAGGACUGGCGAUUGCAUUCGGCACAGCAGCACCUUUGAGCAGGCUGCUCAAGAGAGGGACAGUGGCCUUGGUGCCACAGGAGGUUCCAUCGUGGUCUCGGCUGUGCCGGCGUCGGUCCAUGGCCCUGAUUCUAUAGCUGACAGUUCCCUGACUGCUGUGUCACAGCUGCUGCAGACAGAGAAAAUGAACCAGUCUGCCCUACAGCAACCUAGUUUUGUCAUUGGGCAACAACAGCAGCCUCAGCAACCCAUAGGUGGGGCCAUGCCUCAAAGUACUGCUCAGCCUAUGUUUUCUGGGGCUUCGGUAGCAAAUCAGCAAAUGAUGGUGCCACAGCAGUCGCAGCCACAGGUAAAUGCGCAGGGUGUUGCACAGGCUGGACCCAAUGGGAAAGGCAUGGCACCCCCAACUGCGACGGUGGGGCAGCCGAGCAUUCCUGUGGCACAGCAGCAGGUGCAGCAGGCAAACGUACCAGUGACUCAGCCUCAACAAUUUGCUUAUUCUCAGUCCCAGAUUCCACCAGUGCAUCUACUGCCUGCGCAACCUUCUGGCCAGACCGAAUACAUGCAGCACAUGACGAUGAUGCCGUCUCAAGGAGCUAUUCAACAGGCUGCUGCGGGCUCUGCUCCAAGUACUGUGGCUUCCAGCCUUCCUGUGGGGCAGGUGGCGGGCCAGAAUCCCUCACCUGUGGGAGCGCCAGCGAUGGGGGUGUCGGCGCAGCCUGGCGAAGCAGUCGGACAGGGAUCGGGAUUGAUGCAGAGCGGCCAGACACAAGGUAGUCAGACUGCCGUUCCGCAACCAGGAGGUGUGGUGCAGCCAGGCAUCGGACACACAGGGGUUGUGCAACAGAAAUCUGUGACUCAGCAUCAAAUGGGUGGAAGCAGUCAAGUGUCCGGAAUGCCUGGCGCUCCCCACGCCGCGGUCUCUGGAGCUCAGAACGUGCCUGCGGUCGUGCCCGGUACAAGUGUGCCUGGUGUGUCUACCACCGCUUCUGUUACUCUGCCAAAUGUCCCUGUUACGCUGGUCCAGUCCCAGCUGCCCAGCCACACUUCUGUCAGCAGAAGUACCGGCGUCGUCCAGCCGCAGCACAUCGGGCACUCGUUAAUGCAAGGCACGCCUAACGUACCUGCAAGUCUGCCACAGUCGAGCCUCGGACAGUUUCAGACUCAAGCGCAAUCCUUAGUAGGCCAGAUUGACGAUACUAGAAGAAAAUCGGAACCCCUACCUCAGCCACCACUUUCUCUUAUAGCUGAAAAUAAACCUCCUGUGAAGCCUCCCAUUCCAGACACUCUAGCAAAUCCUCUUCAGUUACCUGCAAGUACUCCUAUGAACAGUCUUGCCAGCUCUGUGUUUGGCAUAUCUAUUCCUGUUGAUGGUGAUGAAGACAGAUACUGAAGUUCUCUGUCAAAAAUCCAGGAACCGCUUACAUCUAUAGAUAACUGAAAUAUCUGAAACUGCUGUACUGCAACUUAGUGGAGAAAGAACAGCUCAUUUGGGGCUGUUUUCUCGAAAUGGACCCCCCAGCACUGUUCAGCCUUGCAGGGCCACUGCCCCGGUGACCACAGGCAGCUUUCCCUGCCAUCGGGGGCUGAGGAAACUGGGCUUUGUCAGCAGGGCAGGCACCAGCAGCCUAAUCCUCUACAGCAGCGUGUUCAUACAUAUUAAUAAAUGCCUCUUUAUUUACCUGCCAAGUUGUGUAAAAGUCAAUAUUUUUAAUAGUUUUGACAUCUCUUCCGGAUUUUUUUUGCAUGUACAAUGCAAUACUAGCAAAUGUGGAUCUUUUGAAACUCAGAAAUACAGAACUUACGUUGGUUUUUACUGCCUCCUUUCAUCCUGCAUAUCAGGAUCUGCUGCUUAAACACAUUCCAAGCCUGUUCUCUGGAGUGGGAUGGUUUGCAGGAGGAGGAUCUGGCCUGGUGGUGUUAGCUGGGGAGUUACAGAGGCGCCGAGAGGCUCCUGGGGAGGUGAAGUUCACGAUGUUUGUUGAGACCACAUAAGUUACUUCAAGAAUUCGGUUGUAUGGGGGUUUUGUGUGUGUUUGGUGGGGUUUUGUUUGGUUGGUUUUUGUUUUAUGUGUGUGUGUUUUUUAAGCUUGUCUCAAUUAAUCCAAAUGUGGAUAAUAUUGAGGGGCCUCUGGGGCUUUUCUUGAAACAUUCGUAACAGUGGCAGUAAUCCCUGACUGGGUCAAGCCAAGACUUUCUGCAUUGCCAUUACGUUUAUCGGCUCAUCUCUAGGUGUUUCUCCUGGAAGAUGCGGUCUGCUGUGUGCUUUGUUCUCUGGAAGCUGGGCUGUGAGCUGUGAGCUGCCGUGUCCCCCCCGCGAGAACCGGGGGCUCACACGGUGCGCUUGGCGUGUUUGGGUCGCAGAACAGGAGCACCGCGGCUGGGCCUGGCGCUCUGUGAGGGUCCGUGGCGGAACGGCCGGGCGCGGGGCUGCUCCGUGGGCGCGGGGCUCUGUCUGUGUCCUGUGGGGGCGGUGGGGACCCCGAGCGGCCGGGAGGGGGCUCGGAGCACACCCAGCCUGGCUCUGGGAGGUGGGCACACGGGCUGGAGCGGGUGGAAGAGCUCCUCAGUGGGUCCUGUACUCCUGACAGCUUUAAGGUCCAUCAGAAUUAUCCACCGUACAGGACUCCUGCAGUUUGGGGACCAGUUUCUGAGACCUGGGAGAGUUGGACCCUAAAGUUACUGAAAUCAGAAAGAAGUAAGGAGAAAUUCAGAAGAGGAGCACUUGCCUUGUUCUUUCCAUGAUUAGUAUCAAAGAGUCAUAUCAGAAAGUACUAUUUGAACCCGUCAGUGAAGGAGGAUGUGACUCCGGUAGCACAGUCUGGUUCUUUCUUUUCUGAUACUCGAAAUCCGCCCAUCAGAAGUUUGAGAUGUAGCUGGUGGAAAUGGAGCUGCAGAGAUCAGACUGUCCCGUCCCGUCCCGUUCCAGGUGAUGUGGAUGUCUUGGGUCUCUCAGCAAAGUCACCUAAAGCUGAUGGUCGUCGUUCCUGGAAGCGUGGGGGGGGUUAGUUUGCACUGCCCUGCGGCUGUGGGGCGCAUCUGCGUGUUCUCCAUCUCCGUCCCCUGAAGCGCUAACAGAACUGUUGAGCGUGUCCUGGUUUGGUGGCUUUCAGCGCUCGUGUGUCUGGGGAGGUGAGGCCUGUGCGGGGUGCCCGCUCCACGCCUGCGCUGUUUGCCUUGAGAAGGAGGCGGUGGACCCCGAAGGUCCAUCAGGGUGGCCGAGAGCUGCUGUCCCCGGGCCUGUCCCGCGGGCGGCUGCUGGAGCCAGCCCUCGCGCCACCCGCAGCCGAGUGCGGCAGCAGCACUCGGUGCUGCUUUCAGGAACUGUGGACAGAAUGUGUCAUUGAGCACAAGAGCUCUGAUCUUGAGACUUUUUCCUUAAUUCCGCAUUGACUUCCCCACAUUGAGUCUGCGUCAGUUCUCCCCUGCGAAGCUUUGUGCUCCAGUUACUCUGUUUGGUAGGUGGAAUCUUAUGGAAUGAAGCUGAUUCAAAGCUGCAGUUGCUUUAAAUAGAAGGCAACAUAAAUAAAGAAGUGAAAUGUCUUUUUAAAAAACUCGGGCCAGAAAAGGGAGUUCUGUUACUAGUGUAAACUUUACCGUGAGUUUCCUGAUAAGCUGUGAUCAAGUGAUUGCAAAUCCCCUGGUUCCGAUUCUGAAUAAACCACGGAAAGUGCUUGAACUCGGAGCAGCUGUAGUCAGUCCUCGCCGCAGGCCGGAGCCAGCAGCCUGUUAAACACGGCCUGUGGUUGGUGUACAGUCAGCCAGACACUGAACUGGGGUUGGAAUGCUUUGGGUAGUAAUACAUCUGAUCGCUUAUCAACUUGAACAAGUAAGGAGGGGUUAAUUUGCUGUCCUUUAGCGCACAUCACAUUGCGCAGCUGAUGGCUUUCCCUUCCUGUGAGGUUUUUCCAUGCCUUGGUUCCAUAUUGAUGACCACAGUACAAACACAUCCAUAUGUGCUGAUAGUUCUCUUGGCCGUGUGCUUACCAUCAGGUCUUGUUUGGUAAAUAAUAAUUCUGAUGUUGCAUAAAAGCUAAGUACUUUCUUUGCUGACUUCAUCUCUAGGCUGUUCUUAAGUCGCUGAUUUCUUGAAGUGUUUGAGUUUGGGCACUUUAGAACAGUGGAGGUGUACAAAGUAACAUACUAGCAGCUCUUCUUUAGUAAAUGUAGCUGAAGAACAGAGUUCAGUUGACAGUGUUGUCAGGCUCCUAUAGCUUUCUGUUGAAUUCCUGGUCCUGUUGGCGCGUCGCUGGAUGAUUAAUGACCUUAUUUCUAAGACCAGGAACACAAGAACAACGGGUGUUUUACUGACAGUUUCUAAUCUUAAGCUUGGUGCUUCAGUAUGAGCUUUGUCUGCAGCUAAGACAGCGGAGAUGGAGAAGCGGCCGGUGCCCCUCCUGAGCUGGGCUGUCCUGUGCCUCAUCCCUGUGCCAGCUCCAGUGUCCGUCUGUCCUCACCCGGGACCGAGCCCUGACCUCCCGCGCCCACUGGGGAGGAGACACGGCUCUCGGGUCCCCCGGCUCUCGGGUCCCCCCGGCUCUCUGUCUCUGGUCCCCGCUGUGCCAGGCUCGGCUCAGGCCGCAUGGUGGGGAUUUCAGGUGUCCCAGCUGUGACCCAGCAGCAGGUACAUUGUGCUGCCUCUGUGAGCUGCUUUCUCAAUUGUUUCUGCAGACUGAGAGGGAUUUUUAGUCAUUCUCUACCCUUUCCCUGUUUGAUUUGGUUAAAAAUAGCUGCCUUGACAGUCUGGAGCUCAGUCGUUCUAGUUCAGACCUGCACAUUCGGCAUCUUUUGUGUUACAUCUGUGGAUGUGUUUUUCCUGUUUAGGUAGCACCCCUCCACAAUUAACAGCUUGCUGAAAUACAGCUAUAGAGUAGAAAACAUUUCUUAAUUCUCUUAAUUGUCUGAAAUAAUGCAAAAGCAAUUUCAACAGCAGGUGGUACAAAUGGGAAUUUAAUGAGGAAAACUUUGUCAUGCCUUUUCAGAUACUUGCUUAAGAAUAGUACAAGAAUAUAUAGCAUAUAGCAUAUCAGUAUAAAAAUAGACUGUAUAAAAUAGGUGCCGUGUGGUUAUAAACCACAACUUUUUAUACCUAACAAUAGCAACAGUGGUUUAUAUGCUGCAAGUCAAUUAAUCCUGGGAGCUGAAUGCCAUUCUGUUUGCAGUCCCUGGCGUGGAGGAGGCUGCGCGGUCCUCGUGGAGCCCGGGGAGCCCGGGCCGGCGUGGGGAGGAGUGACAAACACUUAAAACGGGCGAUUGCUGAUCAUUGCCCAUGCACAGGUGUCGUUAUCCUUCUGAGGUUUCUGUACACGUCUGCCAUGGGCAUCACGUCACUUCACAUAGAGCUUCGUUAUGAUGCUGUUUCUGUUAUAUUUUUGUUGUUGUUUUAUUCUAUGAUUUCAUCUAUACAGUAAUUGUACUUAAAUUGAAAUGAUUAAAUAACUUGAAGACAGUUGUUUUAAAAGCAGUCUUGCCAUAAACCUAGAAAAGGGAUGGGCAUUUGUGUUUCUAGCAUUGGUAUAAACUUCUAAUUUUAAGCCUGGCUUUGAAAGGAAUUUGAAUACCAGCUUUUCUGAAGAGUUUGCAGCUCAGCUGUUGCAUUCUUUUCUAGGGCCGGUAUAGCCAUAGCAGCAUCGGGAGGAGGGGCUCUGGAGCUGGAGUGUCUGCUCUGGUACAGCCACGGGCAGCGGGGGUGGUGGCACUGUGCUGUGUCCAGUGCCUGGUGAACAAAGCGCUCAGGCUUUGGAGCACUGGGAUCUCCCGAUGGCCCGUGGUGGGGGUGUGCGGGGUGUGCGGGGCCGGGCUGCCCGGGGCUGGCGCUGGCGUUGGGCCGGGUCUGUGCCGCGGGCCGGGCUGCCCGGGGCUGGCACUGGGCCGGGUCUGUGCCGCGGGCCGGGCUGCCCGGGGCUGGCGCUGGCGCUGGGCCGGGUCUGUGCCGUGGGCCGGGCUGCCUGGCGCUGGCGCUGGGCCGGGUCUGUGCCGCGGGCCGGUGCCGUGUGCCGCUCGGCACAGCGCCCGGACAGCGCGCCUGCAGCACCCCGAGGGGGGAGGCGUGAGGGUGACGGGCUCCCGCUUGCGGCGUUGCUGCUCAUUGAGGUUACCCUGCUCAGUUUUAACUCGAUCAGGUGCUCGGUUUAAUUCAGUCUUUCACAGCUUGAAUGUGGCAGUCUGAGCUCUGACUCUUAGGCCCCUUGGGGAUCUCACAUGUUUUAAUACGAAGUGGGGUGUCAAGCAGAAUGGUGGGUACUGUUUGCAGAGACGUUUUGUGAAAGGUAUCUCUUGAAUGUAGGUACGUAUAGCAUUAGAUUGGUAUACAGCCUAUCUGUACGGGACUGUCGUUGUGACAUGAGAUGUUUCAUUGAUGGCUUUACAGUUGUCUUUUUACAAUAGCAACUUGGUAUAGCGUGCAAAUCCGCAGAGCUUGAGGAUUACUUUUUCCUUUUGAAGCAGUAUGUCCUUAUGGAAACCCAUAGAAACAGUAAGGCCUGUCAGUCAUUAGACCAUUCUUUAGGCAUACCGUGAAGUCUGUGAACUUUUGGACAUAAAUGUAACCUGUCUGGACAGCUGAUUUACUCUGUAAUACAGAUUGAAUAAGAGAGUUAGUAUUUUGUUAUGUACCCAUUGUCAACGUGUCUGUUUGAUUCUUGGAUC